AAACAUUACAUUUUAAUGACCGCAAUAUAAUAUAUUAAAGUUAUAUAAAACGUUUGCUAUUCAAUUCUUUCUUUUAUUAAAUAAUAUAAUGGAAUUAGAUUUAUUUAAAUCUUUACCCGCUGAAUUCGCUGUUCGGUACAAACCAAAAGCUGGUACUAAUUACAUUUUCUCGUGGACUAAUGACAAGGAUAAAGAAAAUUGGCGUGCAGAUGGUUACAGGUGGAGGCAAGGGGGUUCAAAGACAAUUAAUGGAAUUAAAAGGAAGUAUUUUAGAAUUCUUGUUGCACAAGACACAGUAAGUGAUGUGUUUGUACGUAGAGCACACUAUCAUGCUGAUUAUGCUAAUUCAGUUCUGAUAUCAUACAUAGGUGAUGAAGCUAAGGCUGUGCAGUUUCCUCAUGGAAAUGCUACUAGAUGUAAUAGAGAUUUUAUCAGGACACAGCCAGGUGUUAUAAACUAAAUUAAGGAAAGUACAGGUUCUGUCCAAAAAGUAUACAAAGACAUAAUAUUAUCAAAUACAGCUGAUAUAAAUAUAACAGCAGUUCCACGUAACAUGGAACAAGUCAGUAAUACUUUAAAAUCAACACGCAAUCAGCAGCGUUUAUCUAGAGAUAGUUUAUACAAUCUUCAUGAAUUAGCGUAUGAUACAAAUUUUAUUCAUAAUAUAAUAACAUUUCCUGAUUUGGUGGUAGUUAUGUACUCAGAUGAAACACUGCAAAUUUUUCAGCAAGUACUGAAAUUGUCUCAACUACCUCAGCAACUAUCAUAUGAUACAACUUUUUCUUUAGGCGACUUCUAUCUUUCUGUUUUGCUAUUUAGAGAAACUGAGUUUGACCAAAGUCCAAUCAUUUUACUAGCUUUUAUGAUACAUGAGCGAAAAACACUAAUGCCCCAUUCCAUAUUUUGGCAACAUAUGAAAUUAGUAUGCCCAGAACUUGCUUUAAAGAAUGUUUUUAUUGUCACAGAUCAAGAACGAGCUAUAACAGAGGCCAUCAAAGAAAGUUUUCCAUCAGUUUCACAUUUUCUUUGUUGGAACCAUGUUUUGCAGGACAGUAAGCGAUGGUUACAAUUGCAUGGAGUGAAGACAAAAGAUGAAUUAGCAUAUUACACUGAAUGUAUUCAAUCUCUUCUUCGUUCUGAUUCUGAAUCUUCAUAUAAAGAUAAACUAAUAACAAUGUUAUCAGCAUGGAGUCAGCCUUUUUCUGAGUACUAUAUCAAAACAAUUCAUAGUGUAGUAGACAAACUUGGAUCUUGGAGAAUUAAACAGUUUAACUUUCAUGAAAUUACAACAAAUCAAUCAGAAGCAUUUAAUACUGUAAUUAAGCGACUACAGGACUGGAAAGAGGCUACUGUAGAUUCAAUGGCUUUAAGCUUAUAUAGACUUAUACAAUAUAGUAUGGUGGAAAUUUAUCGUGCUCGAAAAGGAACUGGCCAAUAUGAAUUAAGAGCUGAAUUGAAAGGUACUUAUGAAGAAUGUGAUCUUCAUAUUCCAGAUACAACAGCACCAGAACAAAUUGUUCAACGUAUUAAAGAAACCAUCAACAAUCAAUUUAUGCAUAAUACAUCUAAAAGUUUAGAGUUAGUACAAGAUACAACUAUGAUAACUUCUGUUGAAAGGGCCAAUGAAAUCAUUAGAAAUUCUCAUAUUGCUCUUGACCCCAAACUUGCGACCUUUAUUGUAAAAGGAUCUAUAGAACCACGUGUAGUAAAACUGUUUCCAAAAGAGACAUGUUCAUGUCCAGCUGAAAGUAGAUGUUAUCAUAUAUUGGCAGCACGCCAGGCUAUUGGUCUAUCUGUUACAAACAACAACAAAAAACAGGUUAAUCUAACACAACUUCGUCGAAAUACAAGAAAAAAAUCUGACAAAACAGGAGGAAGAAAAAGACCAAGAACACUUGAUAUUGAAGUUAUUCCAGCAGGAGAUGCUAAUCCAGACGAAAUAAAAGAUUUGAUAGCUAAAGUUAAUGCCUUAAAAAAACAUGAUAUAUGUACAAGCAAAAAAAUUAGACUGCGUCAUAUUAACAAAGACAAUAUUAAUCAUUUUAAAGAGCAACUAUCAUUGCUCCAUUGGAAACAUAUAAACUUUAACGAUGACGCAAACUCUAUAUAUGAUAAUUUUUUCAACACAUUAUAUCCUAUCUACGAUGCAAAUUUUCCAUUCAUAGAAAAGACAAUAAAUCCAAAAAAAACAUUCAAUCCCUGGAUUACCAAAGAUUUUAAAAAAUCAUCGAAGAUCAUGCAGAAACUGUAUAUAAACUUAAUCGAUAAGUAUAAAAAUAACUCCAAACGUACAUGGGAAAUAAUAAAAGAAAUAAGCGGAAAACAAAAAGACUGCUCAGGUUUCCUUCCCCAGGUCAUCAAGGUUGAUAACAGAAUCAUCUAUGAACAAAAAGAAAUAGCUUGCGAGUUUAAUAGCUUUUUUGUUAAAAUUGGUCCUGAACUGGCCAAUAAGAUUCCAAAGACGCAGGCUAUAUUUAGUGAUUUUCUAGUACCGAUGACUGAUUGCAUUACAUCUGGAGAGUUGUCUUCUAAAUUAUCAUUUGAAGAAUUUGAAAUAGCAUUUAAAACUCUGAAAAAAAAUAAAGCUACUGGAGCAGAUGACAUUAAUGGUAAUAUAAUUCUAAACUGUUUUGAACAAUUAAAAGAUAUUCUCUUUAAAGUUUUUAGCGCAUCAAUUAAUCAAGGAAUUUUUCCUGAACAACUAAAAAUUGCAAAAAUUACCCCAAUUUUUAAGGAAGGUGAUAGGGCUAUUAUUAGCAACUACCGACCCAUUUCUAUCUUACCUAUAUUUUCAAAAAUAUUAGAAAGAAUUAUACGUGUUUAA